AUGAUAUAAUUAAUUAUUAAUUAAUUAAACAUUGGUUUGGAUUGGAACAGCAGAUGCCUGACGGAGCAACAUUUUGGGCCACAUUGACAUUGAUGAUUGACAUAUGUUAUAGAUCUAGAUCUAGAUCAAGAUCUACAUCUAAACUCGUGCAGUCUGCAAGCCGUUUAGAACUUCUGCUUUUACAAAUCUUCGGAACCGACAGUUUUGAUAAGGAUAAAGACAAUAAUAGAAGUAGAAGGCCUCUAUUCUUAGUAUUCUAGGCUCCUGCCCCUGCAGUCAGUCCAUUUAACUUCAGACUAUUCAGAGGCUAAAAAAAUUCCUGUCGUCCUGUCCUUUGACUGAAUUUGAGUCAUACAUUUACACGGUACAAGGCAUCCAUCUGCACUAUCGGAGUGAGGAGGGUUUUUUUCCUGAGAACAACAUCAUCAACUACAGAGUAAAGAAAUGGCGCAGAAGCAAAAGGUCGUUGUGUUGGAUGGAGGUACGGGCAUGACACUGCAGGAAAUGGGCCAUGUUUUUCCUCAAGGCGAUCUGCUCUGGUCCGCUCGUAUUGUCAAGUCGCACCCAGGAGAUCUCAUUAAGCUUCACAAACAAUUUUACUCGUCGGGCGCUGACAUUGUUGUGACUGCCACAUAUCAGGCUUCACUCGAUGGCUACAGGAAGGUGUUCAAUCUUGACGAGGAGGCUGCUCGUGACUGUCUCAAGCUGGGAGUAACACUUGCUCAGACGGCACGAGACGAAAUCGAGAAAGAUACGGGCCGACGUCUCUAUGUGGCAGCGUCCAUCGGAGCUUAUGGGGCGGUCCAGACAGACUGGUCCGAGUACAACGGACGAUAUGUAGACACUAUGUCGAAACAGGAACUGAGUGACUGGCAUCUGCCCCGUAUGAAAGCCAUCCUGGAAACGAACCCUGACCUUCUGGCUUUUGAGACCAUCCCGGCCGUGAAGGAGGCAGAAGCUGUCCUGGACAACCUGCAACAUUUCCCUGAUGUCAAAGCUUGGCUCACCUUCCAGUGCAAGUACGUCAGGCGUGUGGAAGUUGUCUGACCAGGUGGACGAGUGGCUGAGGCUCGGUGCCACCUGGCUGGGCGGAUGUUGUCACAUCUACAGCUCGGACAUCGCUGAGAUGAGACGGGCGCUGGAGCAGCGGGCGGAUGUUUCCCUCCUCGCCACGGCAGAUCGGCUUGUGUAAUGAUACAUGCGUGUGUUUGUGUGAGUUAUGAUGCGAUGGAGUUAGCCACUGAUCAGUUUUUGGGUAUUUAUGGAAAGAAGGAAAAUUGGUCAGUCUUCUUGGUGUGUGUGUGUUACGAUGCAUUGGUAUCUGCUGCUCGUCAAUUUUGGGGUAUUUUUGUAGUCAUCGGUUUCCUGGUUUCUUUGAUUUUAUUAUUUUGACGAACCUUUGAUUUUACCAUGAUGCUGCAUAUUUUAGUCACAAUAUGGCGGAAUCAAGCGCUUAUCAAUUUUUUGGCAUAAAAAGAUAUUAAUAUCAUCUUUUAGUUUGUUCAUGAUUUGAAGAAUAAAUAUCCAUCUAUCUAGAAUAGAAGUCGAGAUAUCUGUAAUUGGAGGAGAUGGGGAUUGCCUAGUAUUGAGGUAAAAUUAACGAGGAAAAAAUGAACACUUGAUUUCGUCAUGAUGCCACACAUAUCAUUUCGUUUUUAGGCUCGAGUGGAGCGCAAUAGAUUUGGAAUUGUCUAAGACAAUUGUUGAGGAGAAAAGUGGUUGCCUUAGACCGGUGGACGCUCUGAAUGGUUUAUUUAUAAUAUAGAAAAGAAAA